GGCAGGAUGGUUUUGACCUUGCUGAUGCUUUCAAAGAUGAUCCCACUAAAGCCCCAGCCGUUGAUCCCGAUUUCCCUGAUAUUGAUUUAGAUUUUGAUCCCAAGGUUCCUGCACCCCCAAAGGAUCGCAAUAACAAUCCUGAUGAACUUGAUUUAAAUGAUGCCCUUGAUGGUGAAGACAAAUAUACUCCAACAAAGCUUCCGAAGCAGCCAGCUAACGGUGACCCAGAUCGUCAGUUUGGGGACCUAGACCUCGUGGAUGCUGCAGGCAUCAGCCCUGACAAAGGUGAUAGCCAAGGAAGUGAUCAAGAUGGUGGCAAUGGUACUCUUAUUGGUGUUAUCACUGCUGUCCUGAUGGCUUUGGGUGGUGGAGUAUCAAGUUAUAUCCUUUACCAAAAGAAGAAGCUGUGUUUCUCUUUGACAGGGAACUCAACUGAGCAGAACACCAAGCAAGAGAAUGUACGUGGUCAGCAAGAGGACCCCCAGUCUUACAGUAAUCUUCUUCAAACACAGCCUGUUGGGAGUACCUAGAAGACAGUGGACAAAGAAAUUACAAGCAAAUACUUGACCAACAUUUCUGUUCUACAGACUUGUUUCUUAUUUUAGUGUUGAGCAAUUAACCUUUGACUUUUAAUUGGUUUUCUUCUAGCCCUGGAUUGGCACCUUUGCUUUUAAAGAGAAACUCAACUUAAAAGCUGUUGAAUGAACUCACAAAAGUGCCGAACUUUGCCUUUUUUAUACACCACUAACUUGAAACUUUGGCAAUGUCUACGUCUUUCUGCUGCAGCUGUAAAUUAGUUAAAUGUACUUGAGCUUUUUUCUUAGAAAUUUUCAAUCUUGGAUAUAACUUUGUCUAUUCCUGUGUGCUAAAAAUCAGUGUUCCAUUGUAGACCAAAUAAUGAUUUGUAUUUUUAAACAUUUUGAUCACAUUUGAGCACACAGUGAAAUGACAGUUUGUUUUUAGGCCUUGAAAUAGAUGAUGUUUGAAUUCUGCCACUUGCACAAAAAAACCUGGUGUUUUUACUGAGUUUUUAUUGCUGGUAAAUGUCAUGCAGAUAAUUU